ACAAAAAGUCGACAGAACAACCAAGCACUUACCACCCCGGAAACGUCCCCACUCGCAGCGAACCAUUUUCAUCCCUUCUCCAGCUAUGUCCCCCCUAACGAUGUCCCCGUGGAAGCUUGCCCUGGUGGUGUUCCUCCUGGCAGCCAGCUGUACCCAGGCCAACAUUAGCUCAGCGUCGUCCGCAUCUUCUAAAAAACCGCUUAUUCGGCACACACGUGCGCUUGGCUUCUUCCAGAAGGUUGCAACCGUGGGCCGGUUGUUCUACCAGCAGUACAACGACACCACCUGGACGCUGCAGCGAAUCUACGACGUUGCGAGGAACGAGUUCACCGAUACCUUCACCACCACGACCCAAAAUCCCCUGUUACCGACGACGACCGCAGACCCAGCGACGAGCACCACCGAAAAGUAUCGAAUCUCCCGAGCCGAACUGGGUCGCAUCCUGAAUCGGAACUACCGAGGCCUGCAGAAGCUGUUCCGCUUGGAGUGGAACGAAGCGUGGAAUGCAUCCCGAUACAAUGCAGAAUUCUACAAGCAGGAUUUGAAGAAUUCGGCCAUGCCGACGUUAAACAUGACCGGAUCGAGCACGACGGUCAGGCCAUGAUCGCUAGCCGACCGAAAAACCCACGAUGUUCCAACUUCUUCCUAGUUAAUGGGGAUCUUUCUGUGAUAGUAAUGACUACAGUUUUGUUUUCGUAACACUUGUAAUGGGUACCUCUAGUUUGUAAGGUUUUGAAAUUGUGUUCCCCCGAAUUGGAGAUUGCGAUGGACCUCCAGCGCUGAUUGAUGGAACUAACAAAGGUUAGUUCUCUCGACGGGUUCAUCGCCAGUGAACUUUCGCUAGCAUAAGUAACCGAUUAAGCUAAUUGUACUAUCGUGAGGAACAUUUUCUAGCAGUGCCAAUAAAUCAUAAAUCACAUUAGCCAACAAC